AUGGCAGAUACCGCAGUUGCAUCUGAAACACCGGCUCCGGCUACGCCUGCGAAGAAACCGAAAGCGUCAGCGGCCGCCGCCGCCGCUGCGGCCGGCUCGAAGAAACCUAAGGCUAAACCUACUCAUCCCAAGACAGCUGAAAUGGUAAACAACGCCAUCAAAGAGUUGAAGGAGCGCAGCGGUUCAUCGUUACAGGCUAUCAAGAAAUACAUCGCCGCUCAAUAUAAGGUCGAUACGGAGAAAUUGGCACCGUUCAUAAGAAAAUAUCUCAAGAGCGCCGUCGAGUCCGGUGCCCUGAUACAGACCAAGGGGAAGGGUGCUUCCGGUUCAUUCAAAUUGGAAUCUAAAUCAUCAGCAGCCAAGAAACCGUCGUCGGGUGGUGGUGGUGGUGGUGGUGGUAAGGCAAGUGGUGGUUCCGCCGGAACCGGUAGGGCUGCAGCUUCGUCGGCAUCCGUUAAAUCUAAGAAAGCCGCCGCAACGGCAUCGGCGGUGGCAGCGAAGGGAGGUAAGAAAGGCGGUUCCGUAGCUUCGUCGGCUGCAUCUUCGCCGUCCAAAGCUAAAGCAUCGGCGGCAGCGGCCAGGGAUAAGAAAGCGGCCGCAGCCGCAGCAGCAGCUGCCAAAAAGAAGCCGCCGCCGCCGCUAAGAAAGGGCUAA